CCUUGUGUUGGGUGCCUGAAGACAGAAAGGCUCCAGUAUCUAACAAUGUUUAUCGGUAUGACAGUACGCAUGCUUCUUGGGAAUCAAAGCUCCAUUAGUAGCACCAUGUUCUAGCAGGUGAGCUACAGGCAUGCUCCUUCACUGGCCUGCCUUUGCUGCAGGUAAAGUAGCAGUGCAGUAGCAUUUCUGUGUCGUCGUCUUUGUAUGCGCCUCAGCAACCCCCUGACCCCAGGGCCAUCACCGUCGCCUGUUGCUGGCUUUCUUGCGCAGGAGAAUGAGCAGAUGUCUCAGUAGUUUGGGGCCAAUGUGCUGUACGAGUUCAGAGAUGGGUGUGGUCUCAGGGUCAGUGUAUGAGAUCAGAGAUGGGUGUGGUCUUAGGACCAAUAUACAGAUUCAAAAAUGGGCAUGGUCUCAGGACCAGUGUACGAGUUCAGAGAUGGGCGUGGUCUCAGGGCCAGCAUACCAGUUGAGAGAAGGGUGUGGUCUAAGGGCCAGUGCGCCGCACAAGUUCAGAGAUGGGCGUGGUCUCAGGACCAGUGCACCGCACAAGUUCAGAGAUGGGCGUGGUCUCAGCGCCUGCAUACCAGUUCAGAGAUGGGUGUGGUCUCAGGGCCAGCAUACCAGUUCAGAGUUGGGCAUGGACUCAGUUUGUCCCCACAGUAGAUUCAAUAUGUCAGGAUACUGGAAUCAUCUGGAUUAAACACUAGAGGUGCAUCUAAGUGCCACUUCAUUAGGGGUAAAUGAAAUAGUGUCUCACUUGGCAAACAUUAACAUUUUAAUUUUCGCCCUAACAGGCAUCUCCGGGGUACUCAGGGCAAGAGCGAACCACUGCAAUAAUCAUAUCAGGAGGGAGGCUUGUUGCUGGGAAAACACCACUCUGGGAGAGCAAAAGGCUUCUAGCUUCAACUUCUUUUUUUCCAAAGCCAAACCAGACUCCAGCUGGACUAGGUGUUAAUUUAACAUAGUAGGUAUUAACAGUAAGGAUUUUAGAUCUGUUAUCAUGUCUUCUGCGUUUGAUGGAACUUACUAUUUUUAUCUGAAUAAGUGCUUCUAAAGGAAGUUUUGACAGACUAAAUCACUGAAUCACCCUGCACAGAGAAACUUCUCAUCAAACUUGAAAUGAAUUUGAAUCAAAAUGAGGAUGAAUAUGUGAACUGUCUGAAAUGAUUGCCAUCACCAUCCUGCUCCUGACCCAACGCGUUUGGUUGUUUCACUUCACUCCGAUGACUCAGUGUAAGCAGCCCUCACAUCAUGACACCAUUAUGACCUCAGCGGUGUCACGCAGAGUCCGUGAUCAUUUUGUUUCCUUUUCCUCCCUCCGUUUUCGCUCCUAUUGCCAACAUCCCCUGCGUCAGCAGAGGAAAAGUGAGACCUCCAUACCACGGCACGUAUCAGACCCGCCCCAGCAGCCUGGCCCGAGCCUGCCGGGGCCCCUUCAGGCUCCAGGAUGGGAGACUUGCGUGAAUCCACCUCUGAGAAGGUCUCCACUCCAGCUACUGCUCUCAGGCAGCAGCUAUGAUCUGACGGCAUGGCAAGGUGACGCUUGUUCUGGUGGAUUUUUAGUGUCUCACGUGGUAAUUCCAUGUGGGAACCGCCCCUCUUGAAUCCUUCCCAGGGAAUGAUGAGCUGGAUUUUUUCUCAGCAGGUUGAGUUGGCAUAGGGGAUCCGAGCACCACAGAGUGCCAUUCCUUCCCGGCAGGUGAGAGGAAUCAAGCAUCCCUUCGGUGAUGGGAGGAAGAGUGGGUGUCUCUUUUUCUCUUUUUCUGUCCAACUACCACAACGCGGCACCAAGAGAACUCUGAGAGCCGUUCUUUCGUUCCAGUAAUUUUCCAUAGUGCAGAUCCACAAUCUCAAGUGCUGUAAGACAUUAUCACGAAUUACUUUAAUGUACUUAUUAACCUCUUCUGAUUAUUUUCUGAGGCUGCUAAAGUUAGCUGAAGUUCCCUGCUUACUCAUUUUGGCUCACGUUACAGGCCUAAUGAUUGUUCCACUGCUUGAUCAAUUAGAUAAUGAAAUAAACCAACUGCUAUUUAUAUCUAGAAAAACAUCAUAUGAACAACAUUUUCCCUCCAGGAAGCAGAGACUUGCACUGCCUGAUUUGACCACUUAUGGUUUAUGAUUGAAACCCUUCAGCCACUGCUCUGGGUUAAAUGCGGACUUCAGAUGAUGCAGAGGUCCAUUUAGCUGGCUUGUAGGCAAGAGGAGGCGGUGGGGAGCCAUGCGGGUGGCUGACACAUCUACAGCCUGAGUCUCCAGACUGCAUGCUUUUAAUUCUUUCUUUUUUUUUUACGCUUGUCCAGAAAUAGCCUCUCCGUCCAAAUUGAAAUCUGAUCUGCCAAGAGAGGAAAUGACAAAUCUGGGCGGAGAACGUGCACAAAGGAAGGAAGCAGACGUGAGCCUCCAACUGAAGAGUUUAAAAUGAGACGGAACAUAAGCACACGCGCGCAGGAAAAGGCACUGAAGCAAGCCAACGUUCUUUAGUUAAUGACCGAAACAUAGAACACGUGCAACAGAAAAGCACAACAGAAAAAAAAAAGGCUGCACGGACCACCAGACCCAGGUGCAUUUCUUACUCCAAAGCUCUGAGCCUCCUCCGUCAGGUCCAGCUGCACUGCGUUUGACGCGUCAUGCGCUUGGUAUGUAAAAUCAGCCGGAGAGGACGAUCGGCGUGAGUUUCGGGUGUGUCACCCCGGUUCAUUACUCCAGAUCAUCGCUAUUUAUUUGGUCUGCACACACACUGAGCCAGACCUCAGAGACAUGUUACGAGUAGCUAACAUGCAAAAAUAGACUAGUGAGGAGAGCGAUAAAUACCGUGACUGUUUUCAGGCGUCAAGAACAAGACUCAAGGGGAAGACGUCAAGAUGAUUGGCUGGGGAGAAAGAAUCAACCCACGAUCCAAGCACCUUGGUACGAUCACCUGGUCUCCACCACCUACCAGGGUCAGAGUUCACACAGAGCUGAGAUCCUCAGUCAGAUUCUCGAGCAUGCUUUCCAUAAGCAAUGAUCUUACUUCCACACCCAGACCCACUUUCAGGACCCCAAUCAGUCUGGCUUCAAAAAUGUUACUGGACCCGAUUCUUCUAGACCUUUCUACUUCCUUUGACAUGGCUCUCCAUCGGUGUCCUACAAGGCUCAGAUCUGAGUCCUCUUCUCCUUCCUCUCUACACAAGCUCCCUUGGUUAUAUAAUCUCUGGAUUAUCCUUCCAUUGCUAUGCAGAUGAUACCCAACUGAUCCUAUAUUCUUAUUACCUUCUCACACACAGGUUUCUCUGCAGGUUUGACACUUGGUCUCGAGAAGGGUUUAUUUUUCGAUUCUAACCAAUUUGUGCUAGUUAAGGAUACUCUGAGUAGACAACUAAAGCACAUUUGUAAAUCUUAAUACGAGCGUCUGCUAAAUGCCAUAAAUGUAGAUGUUCGAAGAAUUAUCGCUAGAGGGCGACACAUUAAAAGAGGCUCACGUUUUACUGCAGCGAUUUAGCAAAAGGACAUUAUAAAUGUGUUAGGUUGUUUUUACUAUUUAAUUAAACCACGAAAUUACCCUCAUGUCUUGUCCAUGGAAAGUUAAAACUACACAAACUUCGCAAAGGUAUACACAUGUGGCUGGCAACACGUUAAUGGUUCACCCCGCAAGAACAACGAAAUGCCAUUAUUUGAUAUUAUAAUAGCAUAUGGAUAAACGCGUUUUAACGUUAGGAGCAAACGUUUCCCAGCGUUAGUUAAACACCGUAAGUUUAACACCGUCACGUCGCCGGAGCCGGCGCAGCGCCCCGAAGCACGGUGGCGCACACAUACGCAGGAUACUCCGCGCAACUAUGGCGCUAGGGUGAAGAAAGAGGAGACCAACAUCGUGUCCAGGUUUUACGCGCAAUCUGAGGAAUCGAUCGCGGAAAGAGGACUACAUCGGGUGCGAAAAGACCGGAAAGCCCCGCGCGUUUGCCCGGAUGUUCUAAAGAGUCCCGGCGAGAGAGACGGACAUCGACCGGAUGAGUGUAACCAUGGAGAAACCGCUUUUGCAGACCCAACCGUCCAUGCUGCCGUUCUUUGACACGGCCCACGCCAUCAACCUCCUGCGGGGCAUCCACGAGCUGCGCGCCGAGCGCAAGUUCUUCGACGUGACGCUGUGCGCCGAGGGCUGCGAGUUCCAGUGCCACCGCACGGUGCUGGCGGCCGCCAGCACCUACUUCCGGGCCAUGUUCGCCGGCACGCUCCGCGAGAGCGCCAUGGACCGCGUGGUCCUGCACGAGGUCCCCGCCGAGCUCCUGGGCCUGCUCGUGGACUUCUGCUACACGGGCCGCGUGACGGUGACGCACGAAAACGUGGACCUCCUGCUGCGCGCGGCCGACCUCUUCCAGUUCCCAUCCGUCAAGGAGGCGUGCUGCGCCUUCUUGGAGCAGCGGCUGGACGUCUCCAACUGCCUGGAGAUCCAGGACUUCGCUGAGGCGUACGCUUGCCACGAGCUGGCCGCCAGCGCGCACCGCUUCGCGCUCACCAACAUCGUGGAGCUGGCCAAGGGCACGGACUUCGAGCGGCUGCCCUGGAAGCGGCUGCUGGAGAUCGUGUCGGACGACGGGCUGCGCGUGGACAAGGAGGAGACGGCGUACCAGAUCGCGGCGCGCUGGGUGCGGGCCGACCCCCAGCGCCGACUGCACCGCUGGCCCGAGCUGCUGCAGCAGGUGCGCCUGCCCUUCGUGCGGCGCUUCUAUCUGCUGGCACACGUGGAGAGCGACCCGUUGGUCUACCUGUCGCCCGCGUGCCUGCAACUGGUGGGCGAAGCGCGCAGCUUCCAGUCGGGCGAGUACGAUCGCCAUGACCGCCCCUGCUGCCGCAUGCGCCCGCGGCCCUCCACGGGCCUGGCCGAGAUCCUGGUGGUGGUGGGCGGCUGCGACCAGGACUGCGACGAGCUGGUGACCGUCGACUGCUUCAACCCGCAGACGGGCCAGUGGAGGUACCUGGCUGAGUUCCCCGACCACCUCGGGGGAGGCUAUAGCAUAUCGGCACUGGGCAACGACAUGUACGUCACAGGCGGCUCAGACGGCUCGCGGCUGUACGACGGCGUGUGGCGCUACAACUCGGGCGUGAACGAGUGGACGGAAGUGGCACCCAUGCUGAGGGCGCGGGAGUACCACAGCUCGUGCGUCCUGAAGGGGCAGCUGUACGUGGUGGCGUCAGACAGCACAGAGCGGUACGACCACGCCCUGGACUGCUGGGAGGUGCUUCUGCCCAUGCUACGCCCCAUGGACAACUGCUCGACCACGGUCUGCGGCGGGCGCCUCUACGCCAUCGGCUCGCUCACCGGGGAGGACGCCAUGGCCAUGCAGUGCUACGACGCCGACAGCAACCGAUGGGCGCCGGUCAACUGCGGCCAGCUGCCAUCCUGGUCCUUCGCCCCCAAAUCGGUGACUCUUGACGGACUCAUCUACUUCGUGAGAGAUGAUUUGGAAGAAGUCGACGUCUACAAUCCGCAGACGAGCAAAUGGGACAAGAUCGCCCCAAUGAACCAGGUCCACGUCGGCGGGAGCGUGGCGGCUCUGGGCGGCCGACUCUACGUUUCCGGAGGCUAUGACGAGACCUUCGAGCUGUCGGACGUGGUGGAGGCGUACGAUCCUGCCACGGGCGUGUGGAACGUUGCCGGGCGCCUGCCGCAACCCACCUUCUGGCACGGCAGCGUCAGCAUCUUUCGCCAGUUCAUGCCGCUCGUGUCCAGCACCUUCGAGCCCAUAGAGGCGCCGGACAUCGGUGAUCGGCCCCUUCUCCGCCAUCAUCGCCACCAUGCCCUCCGGGACCCCGACCGCGACCCCAACCGGAACCGGCUGCAGCUGGACCGGGAGGUGAACCCAGCGCGCUGAUGUCUCGCGGGGGUGGCGUGGAAGGUGACUCUGCGGAGUUCGAUACAGUAUGCACUUUACCACACAUUCACCUCAAUGGCAGAACGAGGGUGGAGUUUAGGGUGGAUUUUAGGGUGGGGGUGACCCGGCUUCUUUGGUCUUCGCUCGGUCUGCCUGUGUAAACUAGCGUUUUCUGCACACGUCUGUGUUUUGCAUGCAGUCCCGACGCUGGAUGGGUGGGUCCUUGACUUCACUAUGAAAUGGCGCAUGUUGAUCCACAUGUAUGGAAUUCUUUAGUCGGGUGUCCGCCAAAUGUAAUUUUGAGGCAUUUGAUUGCGAAUCCCAAACUAACGUUGCCCAAUAUCGCUACCCCAUAAACUCCCAAAGAGGAAAUGAUGUUAGCUGGGUUAAACGGUACUGCCAAACUCAGGCCGCAAACGUCCAAAGGUUUCGUCACGUGCUUAGAUGGGAAUAAGAAACAGAGAAGCCGAGCUUUCGUUUAAAAAUGUCCCUAUUGAAGGGUAUUUGUCUUGUGGACACAUGAAAUCGAAAAGAAGUCCUGAAGUCUAUCUGGAUGUAUCAGACAACUUACUAUGCAUGAAGUACUUAGGAUUUUCUGUGAAGUCAUAACUGAAUCUUAAUUGUUUUCAUAUUCCAUAAAUUAAGUUUAUUUAUGAAUGUGUAGAAAAUGUUUAUUUUAGUGAAGGUGUGAAAUUGUAGAUUACGUAAACUUACUUUUUCUUGAAAUGAACCAUUAAAAAUCUAUUGUAUUUUUUAUGUACAUCUUUAAAUAUGUUGUUUCAUAACUGGAAGCAGUAAGGUACUCAAGAGUGUGUGAGAGUGUGCUGUGUCUUUGAUACUACUAAUUAUAAUUAUGUACACUUAACAAAAAUGGUACUUGUACAUUUAUUUUGCUACUUUUUCAUACAGAAGGAAUUGUCUUUUGCUUUGUAGCCAAAAUUAUUUUUACGACUUGGGCCUUAGCUUGGGAAGUGAUGUGUACAAGUGUGAUCGAUAAAUAAACUGCAGGCAGGA